UUCUGCUGAAUAACAGCAGGUGAGUUUCAGGUUCUUUGUAGGCUGCAAAAGGACCAGUCUGUACCUAUUUGAAUCGCUGACUUCUCCUACCCCAUAGGAAAAUUAGGAAGGUGGGCCGGAGUCCAGAAGAUGUGGAUCAGGUACCAGAUAUUAGUCUUUUCUUUUUUUACAGCAGAAAUUUGGACUCAGGUACAAUCGAUCACGGAAAGGGACAGGUCCCUCAAAAUGUUCUGGGCUAGGAAUGGCAGUGACUCAGCAAGAACCCGGUUUAGAAGAAAUCUUUUUCAAGAACAUUUCUGUCGGGAUCAUGGCUGUUGUGCAGAAAGAGAUGAUGCCUGUUCAACCUACUUCUCUGAGAUGAAUGCAAUAUGUUACUGUGAUCAAUUCUGUGAGAGGGAACAUUCCGACUGCUGUCCCGAUUACCAUUCCUUUUGCAGUGGAAAACCUGACUUGAACCCACCGGAUCCCAUUCACGUUACUCCAUGGCCUCCAAAAGGUUGCCUGAGAGAUGGUCAACACUAUGAAAGAGGAGCGGUAAUUAAAGAAAACUGUAAUUAUUGCACCUGCUUUGAAGAACAAUGGGAAUGUUCAGUGCAUGUUUGCCUUGUUCGUCCUGAAUUAAUUCAACAGGUCAAUGAAAGAAAUUAUGGGUGGACAGCUCAUAAUUAUAGCCAGUUCUGGGGUAAGACCUUAGAAGAAGGACUCAAACAUCACCUUGGCACAUUUCCUCCAUCACCCACUCUCCUGAGGAUGAAUGAACUGACUGUCAACUUACCUUCAGACAUUCAUUUGCCAGAAUUUUUCCAAGCCUCCUACAAGUGGCCUGGAUGGAUCCAUCAACCCUUGAAUCAAAAAGACUGUGCAGCAUCCUGGGCUUUUUCUACUGCAAGUGUGGCAGCUGAUCGAAUAGCAAUUCAGUCCAAUGGUUUCUACACUGCUAAUCUAUCACCUCAGAAUUUGAUCUCCUGUUGCUUCAAGCAUCAUCAUGGAUGCAAUGGAGGAAACAUUGACAAGGCUUGGUGGUACCUGAGAAAACGUGGGUUAGUCUCUCAUGCAUGCUAUCCACUCUCCAAGGAUCAAAGGUCCAACCACAGUGGCUGCGAAAUAUCAAGCCGGACUGAUGGCCGUGGGAAAAGACAUGCUACAAAACCAUGUCCUAACAAUUUAGAGAAAUCCAAUCACAUCUACCAAUGUACUCCUCCAUACAGAAUCUCUUCCAAUGAAACUGAAAUCAUGAAAGAAAUCAUGCAAAACGGACCAGUACAAGCGAUAAUGCAGGUGCAUGAUGAUUUCUUCCACUACAAAACUGGGAUCUACAGGCACAUUACCAACAUAAACUCUGAAUCAGAAAACUAUAAACAGUUGCGAACUCAUUCCGUCAAACUCACUGGAUGGGGUACCCUACAGAAUGCACAUGGAAGAAAAGAAAAGUUUUGGGUUGCUGCCAAUUCCUGGGGAAAUUCAUGGGGAGAGAAUGGCAAUUUCAGGAUUCUACGUGGAGAAAAUGAGUCUGACAUUGAAAAGUUGAUUAUUGCUGCCUGGGGCCAAUUGACAAAUUUUGAUAAACCAUAGCCUACCAUUAAGUUUAUGUGAGGCCAUGUUUUGAACAAAAAUGGGAGUUUUCACAAUUUAUGACUUUCUACAAUAGUGGAAUGAAUCUUGCAUAUCAUUACCUUAAGCAUGUGUUCUUGUUUUACCUGUAAACUCGAUUACUGCUUGCUAUAUUUCACUACAAACAUAAAAACUGGCUGAAUCAUUGCACCCAAACACGAGUUUUCAAAUUCCCCAUCUCUUGUCUUUCCUUUCAUUUGAUUUUAGUGGCAUGCAUGUCUUUAAUAGUUGCCCAUCUGUGCUAAAACUAUUUCUCAAAGCAUCAUUUGCUGCAACGAUCAAAGCCCUCUUUUGAAGAAAUGGUUAUUUAUUUUUUCCACAUCUGCAUCUUUCAACAGUCCAACCAAGGGAGGUUCCUCACACUCCAUGUCUUUUCAUCUUCACCAAAAUGUCACUUGUCUCAUAGAGUUGUUUCUGAUACCAAAUCUCUGAAAACAACAGGAUUCAACUAUAAAGAGUUAUUCAAUG